CAGUGUCUCAUGGGGGUUGUAUUAUAAGCAACGCUCUUGCCAUACUGGGGUUGAGAGAGAAGCUACCUGCGCCUGCCUACCGGUGAAGCCCCAACGCAGACCUACAGGCGCCAUGGCCUGGCGUUUCUUCCGGAAGCUUUUCAGAAACACGGACUUCGCCUCUUCCCCCACCAAGAAGCUCAAAGUUUCCAGCUCUGAGGAGCCCGGCCAGAAACUCCGCUUCUCCAAACUGUCCGAAAACGCCUUUGCUCCCUCCAGAGGGUCGUCCAGGGCUGCGGGCUACGAUUUGUACAGUGCAUAUGACUGUGAGAUCCCUGCUUCAGGAAAGGCUGUAGUGAAAACAGAUAUUCAGAUUGCCCUUCCUGGUGGGUGCUAUGGUCGAGUAGCUCCUCGUUCUGGACUAGCUGCAAACCAUUUUAUAGAUGUUGGUGCUGGGGUUAUUGAUGAGGAUUAUAGAGGAAAUGUUGGUGUUGUACUUUUUAACUUUGGAAAGGAACCUUUUAAAGUUAAAAGGGGGGACAGGAUUGCCCAGCUGAUCUGUGAGCGCAUCUACUAUCCUGAGAUUGAAGAAGUUCAGGUUUUGGAUGAAACAGAACGUGGCUCAGGAGGCUUUGGGUCCACUGGCCAGAAAUAAUGAGAGCUGUUACAUGCAGGAAAUGCCUUUGUUUUAUUGGUUUCAUAUAAAGUAUUUUUUAUAAAUAAAACAUUUUUGCUAGA